AUGCCAGCGUCGGAGUUUGUGUUUUUCAUGGAUGCGCGCGUCGAGCACCAGCGCCGGCGCAACCGGCUCAAGCAGAAGCGCCACCGCGACCGGUUCACGACCGAGCGCAGCCAGCUCCUGAGCCAACUAGCUGAGCUCCGCGACGUCGUGGCCACCCUAGCGACGCGCCUGCCUGUCCCUGCCCCGACCUCGACCUCGUGCUUGCCAUGGAAGGACGUGGCCGCCGGCCUCGCGCAGGCCAACGCCGAGUCGCGCCUCACGCUACAGGUGCUACGCGACGCCAAUGCAUCCAUGCAAGACCUCGCAUGUACGCUGGCGACGUGGGUCGGUCAGUCGGUCCCGUCGCCCUCACAGCUCGAUGAUAACCCACUGCGCGGCUUGACGGCCUUGACGCUGCCCGCUGACCCGGAAGCGCGCAAGCGAGGACUCGAUUGGUACUCGCAGCACUUGCUGUUCAAUACGGACCGCAUGCUGCAGCUCUGUGGGUUUCCAUCAAAAGGGACGCUCCACGACGUCCUUGUGACAGACGACGCCGAGAGUGGCUUGUCGGACAUUCUGGGGCGCAUCCAGAUCGAGUACAACCUCCCGCUGCACAAGACAUACAGCGCGCUCGCCGAUAAGAUUUGGGGCGAGCUGCGCGGGGACACGCACGUGUCCAUGUCCGAGUUUCUCGACACCGAGACGACAGCCGCGAUCGACCCUAAAAUGCUCUACCGCCGCACACCGCUCGGGCCGAGAGAGAGCAACUACUACGUCUGUCGCGAGUUUGCAUCGGACGACCGCAUCGUCUUUUUGUUUGGGAAUUUCAGCCAAGACGUCCUCCACCCUAUCAACCACAUGUGGCGCCCGCGACUCUUUUGGUACGUCCUCGAACGCGUCGCACCCAACCAAACGCGCGUCCGAACCAUGUUAUACAAUGGCCCAAAAGUUGUACACGGCAAAGUCAUGACGUGGCGCGACGAUCUGCUUCGGAUCGAACAGUUUGCAAAGUGCAGUGCCGCGUCCAGUACGACUUCCCAUGCGUUUGCUCGGUACCAGCACUUGGUCGUCCAGCACGGCUGGCAGGCGUUCCUCGACAGUGUCCUUGGCGUCAUAGCGCUGCCGUCCGAGGGUAGUACAGCUCCGCGCCUCAACCACUGCCAUCGAGCCGCGGCCGACAAGGCGUAA